AUGCUUAGCAGCGCCGUCACAGGUCGCCUCUACGUGGACAAAGACUUGUACAAAACACGCGAUAAGCUUGAACACGAGAUGCGUCUCGAGAUUCUCCGACAGACCACGCGAGCCUUUCGUGCCAAUUUUUACGCCAUGCACGCCUCUCUACCCUUCGAACUCCGUGACAUGGUCUACAACCACAUGGUGAAGGAUAGUGAGGGCCAAAUCUCCGACAGAACGUUCCAAGUCAGUUUUUUGGAGGUUGUGGACCGCACAGCCGUCUUCUCCCGUUUUGUGUCCGACCUGACAAUGCCGGUGCUUCCGUGGCCAAAGAGGCUGGAGUCAUAUACUACGAGUCGUGCAACGCACACUCCUACAGUUACAAAAACGGCCCAUCUCCACAACAUUCUCCAGAUCGACUACCUGCACCUUGGCCUCAAUCCGGUGAAGCACCUUCGCUCUCUAACGGUCCACUGCUCACUGGACUUCAUUCUCACCCUCUCGCCCGCGCAGCGGAUCUGGUUCUGGUCGAAGUAUUCGUCCCACGGGUUCCACAUGUACCGCACUCAGCUCGAAGCCUUGCGCCACUUGGACUUGAAGAACGGUUUUCGACUCCGCUUUGACACUGGCCAGACCAAGAAUAAGGCCACUCUAGAUUUGAUGCAGGUUUUGAGGUCUAUUUAUUUGGAGCUGAUUAGCGAGGAAAUGAUCGUAGAGAUCGUUGGAAGAGUACAAUUUGACGGCGAAGGAGAGUGCAGGGAAGUGACGGAGCUGUCCCACAUGUACGUUGCAUACGACGAGUGGGCAGCUGAGGAGACUGACUAG